GUGUAUACCAAAAGGAUGAAGUCUGCACUAGUUACCUGUCUGAUAGCGGCCCUCGUACGCCAGGAGGCGUUUGCACUCAUCAGUGCCUCUGAGAGUGACUUUGUUGUGGACUGCGGAACGACUAUGGGUGGACCCAUUCGCAUAGUUUACAUAAACAAGGACCCUGCCAACAACCAUGUUGUCAAGAUGUCUGGUCUCAACAAUUUAGCCACGUGUGUUGCACAGUCUUGUAGUAAUGGGAUAUUCACAAUACUUGACGUCCGUACCAACUGUACUAUUGCCCAACUCGAUCCAACACAUCCCAUAUACGAAAUAGAAAUUAUUCUCCAGGAAUAUGACGGGCUCUACCUUGUCACUGACCCUCGUUUUGUGUUCCGAUGUUCGUACGCUUGUACCGGCACUCUCACGACACAUGUCCCUGGUUCCUCAGGCCUCGUGAGUCUUGAUGGAACAAUCAAAGUUACAGGUUAAGGAGACUUCGGUUGCUCACGACUCAUUUCCCUAGUUCCAUUGGCCUUGUGAAUGUUUAUGGAAUACUCACGACGUGAAUAUAAAGGGAUUGCUGUUUGGAAUCUCACCAGCUUGACUGUUGUUCACACAUAAUCAUAACAAUAUAUUGAAGAUGUUUCUGGACUAAUGCAGACAAAAAAGGCAAAUUAUAUAAU